UCCUCCUCCAUCCAUCCAUGAGCUGCUGGAGUCAGGGCCCGUUAUACACAAGGAGCUCCCAUCAGCUUAUCCGUUGAUAAUUAUAGCCAGCGACCUGGUUUCAGCACUGCAGGGGACUCAACAGCUCCCGCAGAACUAAAGACUUAGCGAUUAUAGAGGAGAGGCGCUGAGAGCGCGCAGCAUCCAGCCAACACCAGCGCGCUACACAAAACAAAACCAACGGCACGUUUAUCUUCACAGAGGACAACAGAGAGAGAGAAAGAGAAAAAUACAUUCGGACACCAGCUGAAGGAUGGCGUCAAAACGCGUAGGGUUUGUGGUUAUCCUUGCUGUAAUAUCGCAGAUCAGCGCGUUUCCCACACCUGCCGGACCCGACGAUAAAAGCAUGUCUAACCGAGAGCUGACUGAGGAGAAGCCAUUAGAACAGCAGAUUGCAGAAGCUGAUAGCAUCAGGAGGACAGAACCCAAGCCAACGCCACCAGCUGAGGCAGAGUCAAACUCUGAGGACGAUGAUAUCACUUUCCUUAAGUCUCUGGCUGAGAAGUCCAAAGAGUCAAACAAUGAGACUCCCAUCUCAGAUUCUGUGGAUGAGCGAUACGGUACUGAUGAGGCCGACGCUACCAAAAACAGAAGACUGGCUGAUGACUAUGACUCUACUAAGAAUGAGAUGGACUACAAAUACCAAGAUGAUCCUGAAAGUUUUCGGCAGCUGGAUGGGACCCCUCUAACAGCUCAUGACAUCGUCCAGAAAAUCGCCAACAAAAUCUACGAAGAGGAUGACCGAGGAGUGUUUGACAGAAUUGUGUCUAAACUGCUCAAGUUGGGUCUAAUCACAGACAGUCAGGCAGAGACGCUGGAGUAUGAGGUUGCUGAAACCCUGCAGGAUCUGAUCACUAAAAAUGCCAAAGAUAACAUGAUUGGAGACCUCAGUAUGGACUACACUGUUAAUGCAGCAAAAGAUACAGAGAACAGUAUGGAUGAGGAAGACAGGCCCAGUCAACGAUAUGAUGACGAGGAUGAAGGUGAUGAUGAUAAUGGUGGCAAUGAUAAUAAUGGUGAUGAAGAACAGGAGGAGGAGAGCAGAGAUGAUACAGUGAGGGCUGAAGACUCAUGGGACGCUGUGAGCGAUGGGAACGACAGAAACGAACUGAAUCCAGAAGACGGACUGCAGGACCUUCAAUUCUUCCCCAACUUUUACAGACUCCUGAAGAGUCUCGACUCAGAGCAAGAUAAAGAGGAGAGAGAAACCCUGAUCACCAUCAUGAAGACCUUGAUCGACUUUGUGAAGAUGAUGGUCAAAUAUGGAACCAUCACACCUGAAGAAGGAGUGUCUUAUCUGGGUAAGACCAAAGUUGCCUGUCCACCUUAUGGAGACUCUGCAGCAGCAGCCCGGCAGAUUGAGGGCAUCGCUCAAUGGAAACUGACAUUUUUGCAUAAUGGUCAUCCUGGGAAGUCUGAGAGUUAUCUGGAGGCGAUCAGGAAGAACAUUGAAUGGCUGAAAAAACACAACAAGGAAAGCAACAAAGAAGAUUAUGACCUCUCCAAGCUGAGGGACUUCUUGGACCAGCAGGUGGAUGCAUACAUCGACAAAGGCAUCCUUGAGAAGGACGAAGGAGACGUAAUCAAGAGAAUCUACGGAAGCCUGUAGGAACCACAAGUCCAGCUUCACAUGUAACAGUGUAACAGACUUUCUACUAAAUACUUGGACUGGGCAUACUAACACAGAUCCUAAUGCUUUAACUCCUCAUAAAUAAGAUUUAGUCUGCAACUCAGACAGUAUUUCUGCAGAAUAAUUCCCUCCAGAAGGCAAUAUCCUCUCUCAGUGCAGUCAGCAAUAGAACACAAUCUAGUUCUAGAUAAGCCACAAAUCAUAUUUGAGUUGUUAGUGUUCUUACGCAUUAGGACCGAAUAACACCACUGGCUACCUAGAAGAAUGAAAUUCAGUGGAUGUUUUGGUAUGACUUGAAAAUCAGAGAAAAUAGAAGCUUUUGCACCUGUCCUACUUUUGCAAUAGACUUUUACAGCAUCAUAUGCAUAUAUCUGUACGUAACAUUCAUUCACGUAUGGUGUAUAUCAUUUUCUCCUCUUAUUUGAUGAAGCAGAUGAACCUGUAUUAUUCUUUCUCAACCAACCAACCAAAAAAAAAAA